AUGAACAGUGAUGAAUCUAAAAAUGCGGUGUUUGUAGAAAUACCGGAGCUAUGCAAAAGAUACGACGGUUCACGGCGGCGCCGCCGCCAGAUCCACAGACGGCCACUGCAGCUCCAGCGGAGCGCAUACGAUCCAACGAUAGUGUCGCUCGGCCCUUACCACCACGGCCGGCCGGAUCUGCUCGCCGCCGACGAGGUCAAGUACAGAUUCCUCGACCGGUUAACUUCCGGCGACUCCGCGAAGAAAACCUCUCUCUACAACAAAGUUGUCGACAAAAUCGACGAAAUUAGGGAUUGCUACGCCGAUUUGAAUUGCGUCGAAAAGUACGAUGAUAGGGCACUGGCGCUGAUGAUUCUUCUAGAUGCUUGCUUCGUAGUAUCUCUGGUGGAUGGCCUCGCCGGAGACGAAAGCUUUUUCGCCGAUUGGCAACUUUGCCGUGGCCUUGCCAGCCUGUGGUUCGUAAUUCGAGAUGUAAUGUUGCUCGAGAAUCAAAUCCCGCUUCAGGUAUUCAAAUCGAGUUAAAUGUACUA